GCAAUACCGGCCAUACAAGUUAGGCAUUUUUUACUUUUGUGUCACUUUAGGAAGUGGAUGAGGAGUUAAAUGCUGGCAGUAGUGCAGUGCGUGUAGGCAGAAAAUGGCAGCAGGAGGAAAAGAAGGUGCAAGAUAAGAGAGAAGACACAUAGAGGGUAAAAGAGGCUAAAAGCAAGGAAACAAAACAAAGGCUAACAAGACAGGAGACUGAAAGAGAACAAAGACGUACAAAGGAGGCUGUUUUGGAGCACAGGCUCGGAGAAGGCUAAAUUGGUAACAGAACAAAAAGAGAAAAAAACAGACCAUCAUGACAUACCGGCUGUUUGAGGGGAAGGUUCACGCCUCCAUCUACCAAAGAUAUCGCUUUACACCUCCAGAUGAGAUCAAGAACAUUAUUCUUCAAUACCUAGAUGAAAAGAAGGGACAGCCACAUGUGCUGGCAGUGGAUCUGGGAUGUGGGACAGGUCAGAAUUCCCGGCUACUGGCACCGUACUUCCAGGAAGUGGUGGGCAUCGACAUCAGUGAGUGUCAACUGGAGGAGGCCAGAGCUGUGCCAGGGUACCCUAACAUCACAUACAGGAAGGGGACAGCAGAGGAGCUUCCUUUUCCAGAUGGUUCUGUAGACUUGCUCACAGCAGCGUCAGCAGCCCACUGGUUUGAUCAGACAAGGUUCUUGACUGAGGCAAGUCGGGCUUUAAAACCCCGGGGUUGCAUGGCUCUGCUGGGCUUCAAGAACACCAGACUUACCUACCAGGCCUGUGGAGAAAGACUCAAUCACGUGUAUGAAGAGGUGAGGCAGGUGCUGUUGCCUUACACUAACAAUCAAGUAGCUGUAGAUAAGAGUAAGCUGGAGGAGCUCUACUCAGCCAUCCCGUUUCCCGACAAGGAGAGGAUUGAACGUAUUCGGGUGAACUCGACCAUCUCGGUGAGGAACCUGGUGGGUUUCAUUGAGUCCUGGUCCAUGUUCCAAGAUUACAAAAGGAAAGAUCCCCAGGCUGCUGAAGACCUGCUGCUUAAUACUCAGAAGAGGUUUCUGGAGGAGAUGGGAGUCACGUCUCCUGACACUGAAAUAGACCAGGAACUGGAAUAUUUCUGUGUCCUGGCAUCAAAACCACAAUAAUCAACUAUGUGGCAUUGGUGGGGGUGGGGGGGUUUGAGAGAGGAUUUUCAAGUCUUAGAUGUUGCAAUUUAUGAACUUAAAAAAAAACUAUGGAUGCAUUAAGGUGUGUGCUUGUUGAAUGAUUAAAUACCUUUACUCUUUAAUCUUAACAAUUGUAUG